UUCAUCUCGUGUAUUUAAUUCGUUCAUUCACUUUUUCUGCGAUCUUAUUUUAACAUUUUAUAGUUUCAUUUUCAUUGGAAAAUGCCUCUACUUAAUCAAACAUUUAACAGUUGUUUUUUCACUCGUUCCGUUGAAAAUGUUUGUUUUUGUCAGUUUUUAUGGACUUUUAAUUCCCCUAGGAGUUCCAAUUCUUUUGUUAAAAGUUUUUCCACGAACACGUGAUCGUAUCUUAUUUAGUGUUUAAGUACUUGUGCCCUUACUUAAUACGCAUUUUAUUUUAAAUGUUCUUCCUAAUAGUUGUUUACAAUUUAUUUUUAACGAUCGUUUGCUACACUUGAAUCUAUACACAAGCCAUGGAGUGUUGUGAUCCAACUCCAAUACGUAUUAAAGAGCCAACAAGUCGAGUAGUGAAGACUGGUUACCUCACUAUUUAUGAGCGAGGAUUUUUUUACAACGGAUGGAAAGAUCGUUAUUUUGAAUUGUAUGCUGACAGCAGUCUUUUAUGGUACCAUGGAAACGACGAUGGGCACCACAAGGGUGGUAUAAGGCUAAAGAUGGUAGCAAAUUUCAUUGCAGUUGGACCAAUGUGCCUCCAUACAGUUGGUUUUCCAAAGCUUCCAAAAGGCAGACAUGUCAUACAUUUAAUGGGUGUUCCUGAUAUCUUCAAAAAGAACACUAAAAGAAGAAAUCUUAAAAUGAACUGGAUGUUAUUCCCAACGUAUGAAGGAGACAUGCAGGCAUGGCUUGAGGCUAUUAAACCAACGCUGCCUUCUCCUCCUUCAAGACCAGAGCAUCCCCACCAUUCAAUCAAUGAACAUCGGGUAACACCAGAGCAUCAUCAACAUUUAAGCAAUGGUAAUCAGGUUAUACCAGAGAAUACUAACCAUAUAAGCAAUGGUAAUCAGGUGAUACCAGAGAAUGCUCACCAUUCAAGCAAUGGUAAUCAGGUUACACCAGAUAAUACUCACCAUAUAAGCAAUUGUAAUCAGGUUACACCCGAGAAUAGUCACCAUAUAAGCAAUGGUAAUCAGGCUACACCAGAGAAUACUCACCAUAUAAGCAAUGGUAAUCAGGUUACACCAGAGAAUACUCACCAUAUAAGCAAUGGUAAUCAGGUUACACCAGAGAAUACUCACCAUAUAAGCAAUGGCAACCAGAUUAAACCACCAGAGAAUGCUCAUGAUUCCAGCAAUAGUGACCAGGUUAACUUAUACCCAUCAGUUAACGUUGUACGAUACCAACCUGAAUGUCAACAUAUAAACGUUAGAGACGAAAGAACCUAUUCGGGCAUAAAAAGUGGUGUUAUCCUGGGAGCAGGAGCGUUAGUUUAUAGUCUUGGUGGUUAUGGGCCAGGUAUGGGAUGGGUUUGGGGAUGGGGAUGGGGACCAAAUCCCUACGGUGGAUUCUGGGGAAGUUGGCGUGACUUUGGUGACUGUGGGAGUGUAAACAUCGAUCGCAUUGUCGGCGAUUUGUGUAAAAAAAACAACAAUUACGGCUAUGAUAUAAAUGAUAUUGGGGAUUUUGAAAGAGGAAACUUUAGUAACGGUGGCGGUGAUAGUUGUGGUGAUAUUUGUGAUGAAGAUGGUUGCCUAAAAUUUGAAUGCUGUGGAUGUGGAGAUGGUUGCUGUGGAGAUCGUUGCUGUAGAGUUUAUUGCUGUGGAGAUGUUUGCUGUAAAGUUGAUUGCUGCUGUGAUAGUUACGGUCGAGAUCAUUGCUGUACAGUUGAUUGCUGUGGAGAUUUUUGCUGUACAGGUGGUGGUGAAGGUACAGGUGGUGAUAAUGGUGCAGAUGGUGGUGCAGAUGGUGGAGCAUGCGGCGGAGAUUGUGGGGGAGGAUGCGGGGGUUGUGGAGGUUGUGGAGGUUGUGGAGGUUAGGAUUUUAAAGUAAGGGGACGACCAUUUAACUUCAAGAGGGGUUAUGUUUUUUUCUUAAAAAAAAAAUAUUCUGAUCCCCAAUUUGAUUGAAAAAAAAUAUUCUGUUCAAAUAGAUGACCAAAAAAAAUAUUGAAUCCAGAUUUUUCCGAUACCUAUAAGUGUUAAAUUUAAAAAAGAAACAACAUUAUUUCUUACUCAGACAAAAACCAUAACCUCCCCCCUUUUUGAAGUUAAAUAGUUUCUAACUCAAAAUCUGUUUUUUAUUACAUGUGAUACAUUUCAAUUGAAAAAAAAAUGGAAUUAAAAUAUCAACUUUAUGUAUUUUAUGUACUUUGUAUAUACUUGCUAAAUAAAUUUUAACAAUGUAUAUUAUGCAGAAUCAAUGUAUUCUUUCCCAUGUAUACUACUGUUCCUAUUGUGUCUGAUCUACUUUUUCUGUUACCAGUUUACUAAUUGAAUAACAUUAUGAAUGAAAAUUGCUAUACGUCAAUAUCAAAGCGAAUGACUUGUUAAAUUUUAGAACGACUGAGAGAUCUAAAAACUCAUGUGAUUUGUGUAACAAUUAAAUACGGGUCCUUUUAAGGGUACAUGUUUGCUAUUUAAAAUAUCUUUUUUUAUUUAUUUGUGAUGGAAUGUUGUGUUAUAUUGUCUUAUUUCUGUAUAUGUAAAUUCCAAAUACUUGUUUUUUAAUUCCAAUGUAAUUGUCCAUGCAUAAUUCACAUAUCUUUUAAAAUUUUUUUAAUUUUUUGUACAAACUGUUUCUUGAUUUUUCAUAUCAUGGGAAAUGUAAGAUACUCUAUACACAAUUUUAAUGUGCAAUUGUCUUCCAAACCUCCUAAAAGUCAUGUGUUACUUGUUAAAAUAGUUACAAAUUUCCGAUUAUUAUUCUUUUUUCAUUGUUAUUAUGAUCAUGAAAUUAAAAUGGUAAACCAGUAUA